AUGGGGCGGUUGAAUAGCUCAGAGCUGGAACAUUUCGUGCAUUUGGGCAAGCGCAAGUACAGGCGCGAGCGUCGGGCGCUGAAAAAGCUGUUCCGGACUAACGAGCACCGGGUCGAGCCUGAUGUGAAGGUCGUGGACAGAACGAUCUUCAAGUACUGGAAGAACCGUCUGACGCUGUUCUCGCGGAUGCGGAACAGAGAUAUCUACAUGACGCGGGAGCUGUGGUUCAGCGUGACGCCCGAGAGCGUAGCUAAGUUUGUGGCGCGAUUCAUCAAGAGCUGCCUGCCAGAAGCCAAGGUGGUUUUGGACGUGUACUGCGGCGGCGGCGGGAACACGAUCCAGCUCGCACAGUACUUCCCGAAGGUGUACGGCGUUGACAACUCACUGGAUCACUUGUACUGCGCGUACCGCAACGCGCAGGCGUAUGGAGUGGAGGACCGGGUGUGGCUCAAGUUCGGGGACUGGCGUGUGCUGAGCCGAAAGCGGCGGUUCGAGAAGGUGGCCGUGGAUUGCGUGUUCUCGUCGCCGCCGUGGGGCGGACCCGAGUACCUGCGAAGCGAAGUGUACGACCUAGAGGCGGCACUGCAGCCGCAGGGCCUGCGCGAGACGCUGGCCGGGCUGUUGCGGAUCAGCGAGAACGUGGUGUUGUUCCUGCCGCGCAACGCAGACCUGUCGCAGCUGUCGCGGGUGACGCGAGAGCUACUGGGCGAGCAGGCACUGUGUAAGGUGCUGUACGUGAAGCAGAACGGUUACAUGAAGGGCAUUUUGUGUUUCUGGGGCGCGCGCUUCUACAACUACGCCGGCAGCACGGCAGAGCCCAGCGGCGCGGCGCAAGAAUCAAGCGGCGUGGCGGAGCCUUGCGAGGUUGCGCCUGGGGCCGAUACGCUGGACUACUCGGUGGACGGCUGA